UCUCCGUCCGCUCUGUCGCCAAGUGAGGCUUCGUUUUCAUUUCAGUUUCUCUUCCAUUACCGAUCUCUCUCUUUCUCUCUGAUAUCUUUGCCCGUUACUUCUCUCUUUCCUCUUUUUUUUUUUGUCAGGUUCUUGGGUUCUCUAAUCUGUGUAGUAGUUUUUCUUUUUUACUCUGGCGAAUUCAAGAAGAAAGAUUCUGAUUUUAUCGGAGUUUCUUUUUUUCAAUUCAAUUCUUCUGCAUCUCUCUUGUGAGAUUUUUUUCCCGAAUUUCUGUGUCGCGAGUCGUGACUCGGUCUCCCGGACGUUUGGAGGGCGCCGUUUCGCCAUUUUCCGGUGGAUUUCUCUUCGGAGAAGCUUCAACGAAGCAGAAAGAGAAAUCAAAGGGUUUUGAAAAUUUCUCUUUUUGCUGAAGUUUAUGAAGUUCACUUCGCCCGUCAAAUCAGGUCCGAGGAUAGCCUCUCUGCUUUGAAUCACUGCUGUUGUAAUGGAUUUCAAGCAGGAGAAGUUUGUGAGAUUCCAGGACUGGAAGUCCGAGAAGACAUCCGAUGUCGAAUACUCGGGGAUGAACCAAAUGCAUCUCGGAAGAUUUAAGAGAACUAUAACCUCCAUUUCAGACAAGCUCCGUAGAAGCGUUGAAUCUGGUUCUGUGAGGAUUAAAGGGUUUAGGAGAUCAUUCAAAUCAUACUCUUUCAAGGAUGCUGUUUCCAAAGGUUUAGGUUCCACCAACAAAGUCCUUGACCCACAAGGAGCAUUCUUGCAGAGGUGGAACAAGAUUUUCGUAUUGGCCUGUAUAAUUGCGGUGUCGCUCGACCCGUUGUUUUUCUACGUACCCGUGAUUGAUGAUGCAAAGAAAUGCCUCGGUUUGGACAAGAAGAUGGAGAUUACUGCCAGUGUUUUACGUUCAUUCACAGAUAUCUUUUAUGUUAUUCAUAUCAUCUUUCAGUUUCGUACUGGUUUCAUCGCCCCUCCUUCUCGGGUAUUCGGGAGGGGAGUUCUUGUCGAGGACAAAGGGGAGAUCGCCAAACGAUACUUGUCAUCGCAUUUCAUAAUCGAUAUUCUCGCUGUUCUUCCUCUUCCACAGGUGGUGAUACUGAUUAUCAUCCCGAGGAUGCAAGGCUCAGCAUCUUUGAACACGAAAAAUUUGUUGAAGUUCAUCGUUUUCUUCCAAUAUAUACCGAGAUUUGUGAGAAUAUAUCCGCUGUAUAAGGAAGUAACGAGGACAUCGGGCAUACUCACGGAGACAGCAUGGGCCGGGGCAGCUUUUAAUCUCUUCCUUUACAUGCUUGCUAGUCAUGUGUUUGGUGCUUUUUGGUACUUGUUCUCGAUCGAACGAGAAACAAUUUGCUGGAAAAGAGCAUGUAAGAGGAACCCGGCCUGUAAUCUGAGGUUGUUGUAUUGUGACCAUGGCACCCGAGGAGGCAACGCUUUCCUGAACGAGUCUUGUCCGGUUCAGACACCGAACACGACCCUCUUCGAUUUCGGAAUAUUCCUAGAUGCCCUUCAGUCCGGUGUGGUGGAAUCCCGGGAUUUCCCUCAGAAGUUCUUUUACUGUUUCUGGUGGGGUCUUCAGAACCUCAGCUCUCUCGGGCAAAACCUCCAAACGAGCACAUAUGUCUGGGAAAUCUGCUUCGCUGUCUUCAUUUCAAUCUCCGGACUGGUCUUGUUCUCAUUCCUUAUCGGAAACAUGCAGACGUAUCUGCAAUCAACGACCACGAGAUUGGAGGAGAUGAGAGUGAAGAGAAGAGAUGCGGAGCAAUGGAUGGCUCACCGCCUUCUCCCUGAGAACUUGAGGAAGAGAAUCCGGCGAUAUGAGCAGUACAGAUGGCAAGAAACCCGAGGCGUAGAUGAAGAGAAUCUUCUUCGGAAUCUUCCAAAGGAUCUUAGACGGGACAUCAAACGCCAUCUCUGUCUCGCCCUUCUCAUGCGAGUCCCGAUGUUUGAGAAAAUGGACGAACAGCUCCUGGAUGCGAUGUGCGAUCGGCUGAAACCCGUCCUGUACACCGAGGAAAGCUACAUCGUGAGGGAGGGAGACCCGGUAGACGAGAUGCUCUUUGUUAUGCGAGGAAAGCUCCUAACUAUAACCACCAAUGGUGGAAGAACCGGUUUUUUCAACUCGGAGUAUCUCAAAGCGGGCGAUUUCUGCGGGGAGGAGCUUCUGACAUGGGCCCUGGAUCCGCAUUCCUCGUCUAACCUGCCGAUCUCGACGAGAACGGUCCGAGCCCUAACCGAAGUGGAAGCUUUUGCCCUGAAAGCCGACGACCUGAAAUUCGUGGCGUCGCAAUUCAGGCGGCUCCACAGCAAACAGCUGAGGCACACGUUCAGGUUCUACUCCCAGCAAUGGAGGACGUGGGCGGCAUGCUUUAUACAGGCGGCAUGGCGGAGAUACUCGAAGAAGAAGGUGGAGGAGUCGCUUCGGGAAGAGGAGAAUCGGUUGCAGGAUGCUCUGGCGAAGGAAUCUGGCGGGAACUCCCCAAGCCUCGGGGCCACGAUGUACGCGUCUCGGUUCGCCGCGAAUAUCCUACGGACGAUACGGAGGAGCGGGACGAUGAGGAAGGCGAGGGUGCAGGAGAGGAUGCCGCCAUUGUUGCUCCAGAAACCAGCCGAGCCUGAUUUCAAUGGUGAUUAGCUUUUGCAAAGGUGAUAGCUUUGCUUCUUCCUUUUUUUUUUUUUUUUGUGGGUGGUAAUGUAUAUGAUGAAACGAUGAUUAUGUAUACGAGUGAGUGUAUCUAUUCAUAAUAUUCAUGCAUGCUAGAACCUAGCUAUUGUAUU